AUGAGGAAAGCACUGAGAAGGCACGAAAGGGGCACCUGCAUCCCCGACAUGCAGAAGCGCUUGCGAAACGUCGAUGUGAAGGGACCCCGCAGAGAGAAAGACAUGGCAGAGCGGCCGUGGCCGGACAUCCCGCCCACCUCCUCUGAACUCCUGCGAUGGGAGUUCCGGCUGGGAUGUGUGGGCCUGAGGAUCCCCGUGCUUUUGAUAUCCUUCAUUGUCGGGAGCGUCCUCACGAUGCUGGGAUCCCUCAUCAGCCUCCUCAACUCGGUCCACACUCCUUUCCGCGGCGUCCACGUCGUCGCCAUCGUCCUCUACUCCCUCGGAGGUCUCCUGGGAUCGUUCGGUCUUCUCGGCUGCAUCUGGAUCGUGUGUAAAAUCUGGCGGACCAUAAGGAGGCGGGAGAAGGAGAAGAGGGAGCUCGGCCCCCAGCCGUGUCUCAUCGACCUGUCCAUGGUCUAUUCCGCCAGGGAGGAGCUGAAUGGGGCUUGAAGGGUUUCGAUCUCGUCAGACGCGCUUUUUGUGAUAUUUUUGGUACCUCAUUUAAAAUAAAAAUCCUC